UAAAACUGGCGGCAAAAGACGCACGCUUUGAAAAUUCUGUGCCGCAAUUUAAUUAAAAAUUAAACUUAAUUGAGUUAAUUAUGUUUCGUGUAUUUUUGUGUAUUUGUUUGUGUGUUCCGAUCGUUUUUGGACAGUUUGGUUUCUACCCGAAUGACCGUCGCUAUCGACAGCCAUACCAAUAUGGAUUCAGUGAAAAUGUACUAAAUCCAAGAAGAAUUCAGCAGAAACUAAGUUCCUUACUCAGUUUCCAACCUGAAACAGAUAACAGCAACGCAGCCUUCAUCUAUCCGUUCAAUAACCGACCGAUAUCUAAUAACCCAUAUAAGAACUAUGAUAACAAUUAUUAUCAAUCUAGUAACGUUCGAUUUCCAACCCUGGGCGAGAAUGUUAGACCAGCAUAUCCUGGUGACAAUACUUUUGGACCAGAUUAUAAAGAAGUUCCAAAACAACCAAAUGGUCUGACAUUUCAAGACUUCAUAAAGCCUUCACCAAUGGGUGAGAAUACCAAUGAACCAGAAAAUCCAGAGAAGCCGUAUGAAAAUGACCCAUACGAACCCAUCACCAAUAGACCCGUUUUCGAUAAAACCACGCAAAAAAUUAAUUACGAUGAAGUUUACAAGCCAGGCUUUUCAAAUCACAGCAGUGGUAUUAUAAUGGGCAGUGUAUCAAAUAAUCCAGUGUUCGGAAGUGUUAUAACACCAGAUUCUCCAAAGUUUGAUACCAGUUCUAAGCCAUCUUUUGAAGAUAGAAACGGUGAAGAAGAGACAACCCUGCCAACAUUGACACCUGUGCCGCCGUCAGAUGCAAGACAAAACAUGAAUUUUGGACCAGCUGGAAUAUUUAAGAACACAUGUGAGACGCUGGAUGGUGGAGUCGGAAAUUGCAUAAAGAUACAAGAGUGUGACAUCUACUAUAAGCUGCUGAAGGAUUCUCGGGAUAAGACGGUUGUAAACAUCUUAAGAAAAUCGCAAUGCGGUUUUGAAGGUCAAAAUCCUAAGGUAUGCUGUCCCUUACCCGGUAUACCAGACGAGCCACCAGCUCCACAGACCACGACAGUUGCUCCUACGCCUCAAGGAAAGUCGGUGGACACAGAUGACGUCACACCAGUGACAGCGCUUCCGGAACCGCCAGUGUGCGGUGUUAGCGAAGCAUCGUUUAGUCGAGUUGUUAAUGGCGUUCCUGCUAAACUUGGUGACUUUCCCUGGAUGGCACUCCUGGGAUACCAUGACAGCCGUGGAGGUCCGGAAACCAGGUGGAAAUGUGGAGGUUCUUUGGUGACGCAACACCACGUUUUCACAGCUGCUCAUUGCAUACAUGGCCAUGAAGAUCUGCUGUACGUAGUGCGUCUAGGAGAGUUGGAUUUAGCAAGUGAAAACGAUGGUGCAGCACCAAUAGAUGUGCUAAUCAAGUCAAAGAUCAAACACGAGAAUUACGACUCAGUAGCCUACACAAAUGACGUCGGUUUACUCAUUUUAGACAAGGACGUACAGUUUACCAAACUAAUAAAACCAAUCUGUAUCCCCCAAAAUCAGAAAUUACGAUCUCUAACUUUCGAGAAGUACAACCCUCUUAUAGCAGGAUGGGGGGAUGUUGCGUAUCGCGGUCCCUCGGCAACCCAUCUUCAAGUAGCUCAGGUUCCUGUAGUUAGUAACUCAGCGUGCAAAGAAACAUACAAACCAUACAAAAAGCAGGUGAUAGAUGAAAGAGUGUUAUGUGCCGGUUGGAAGGAUGGAAGACAGGAUGCCUGUCAGGGUGACAGUGGAGGACCCCUGAUGCAGCCCAUUUGGAACUCGGAAACCUACCAGACAUUCUUCUACCAAAUCGGCAUAGUUUCCUUUGGAAAUAAAUGCGCUGAGCCCGGAUUCCCCGGCGUAUACACACGAGUCACACACUUUGUUCCAUGGCUAGAAAAGAGGAUAAUCGGAUCUUAAUUUAUAUCCAUCCAAUUAUAGCAACAGAAAGACCGCAAUUUCUGCAAUUAUAGAGCAUAUUUUUAUCUUUAACAUCCAUGGAAUGAAUAGGGAUGGAAACCGCUUUGGUUUUCAUUUGGAACUUGAAACAGUAUUCAAUUUUAUUACCAUAUAUCUACAAUAUCUAUUGAUUACGAUUACUGUAGUACUCCUAUUUAUAUAUGCCGUAAUUACAUCAUAGUAUUAUUGUUUUAUAAAUUUUGCUGGUAUCUUUUUUGUGAAUAAGGCAAAUCUCGAAUAGAAAAAUUUCCCGAAUGUAUUUUAGUAAGUCCUUCGUUCAAAUGGCGUUCGUCUAUAUAUUACUGUGCCCAGUGAGACAUUAUUGUAUUUAUUUUAGACCAUAAUAUUGCAUAUAGUAUAUGAAAAUUCUAAUGUAUGUGGAAUGACAGAAAACAUAAAUAUUUUAGAUAUUAAAUAGAUUCAAACCUCAAUUUCUGUUAGAAAUCUUAAUAAUUACAACUCAUUGGUAUAUUGGCCCUUAGGUGGCCCAGUUUUUGUAUCGACAUUUUUUAUUGUUUCAAAUAUUAAAGCAAACAUUAUUUUGACGUAUGACAGUUCGCCGAUAGCGUGACUUAAUAUUAAGUUAAGCUUGGUUAAAGAAAGUACAUAUGUGAACUCUAAUACUAUAAAUAUGUUAGCAGUAAGCACUCAAAAACAACAUUAGUUCAUAAGGUUGUGUAUUAAAUUAAUAUAAAGACUAUGUGAUAUUAGUUUAUAUUUAUGUUACUUACUCAGUCAUUCGUUCUGAAUUUUAAAUUAAACAUUAUCAAAGAUCAGUAAGUGUACAAUAAUCCAAUCGGAACGGUCAGUUGCAACAUCCAAGUAUUAAGUAUUUUUUUUAUCGCGUGGGGCCUUGAGCCUCGUGUUUCACCUCCUAAUCUUUCCGGCUCUUUCCCUGUAAUUGUACGUCGCUUUUACUAGGCUCGCAUCCGCUUUUCUAGCGGGUUUCAAGCAAACGCCUUGCUUGGGGAUAUACUUUGAAUAAAUCCCCAUAUAGCUUUAUUAAUAAUUUAAAUGCAGGAUAAUGGAUACUCCGAAUUAACUGUAUAAAAAUAAAACUAAUUUUAUUGGAAUGGAAAACUAGUAAUAUACCUAUUCAUACUCAGAUAUUUUAUACAUCAAUGAUAGCUAGUUGUUAUGAAUUUGUGGCAAUAAAAGAUUUUGUAUGUU